CAGCCAUCUUUGAUGUGGGCAGAGUACCCAGCUGCACACUGAGCCGCCCUUCCCCGCGAGGCCGCGGCGGCGGCCCGGCUUGGUUUCCCUGAUGAUGGCCGGCCGGUCGAGGCGACGGCUACUGCUGCUGAGGAGGCGUCAAGCGGCAGCCCGGUUGCUGGGCGUCCUGUGGCUGGCGUGUGUCGCCGCGGAGGGCGUUGCCGGCGGGGAGCCCCCACUCAAGUGCGACGAGCUGAGGCUGGGGCAAUAUAUUUGUGAAGAUCCCAAAAUAGACAAUAGCACGCAAGAACCACUGAAUUGUACAAAUCACACAGCAAAUGUUCCAUGUCGUCCAGCACCAAAUAUUACUUGUAAGGAUCACAGUGGCAAUGAAAACAACUUUACUGGAAAGGAAGUUGGAUUUUACAAACCUAUUGCAUGUCGUAAUGUAAAUGGUUACUCAUACAAAGUGGCAGUGGCUCUGUCUUUAUUUCUUGGAUGGUUGGGAGCAGAUAGAUUUUAUCUUGGGUAUCCUGCCUUAGGUUUGUUAAAGUUCUGCACUGUAGGGUUUUGUGGAAUUGGUAGCCUAAUUGAUUUCAUUCUGAUUUCAAUGCAGAUCGUUGGACCUUCCGAUGGCUCUAGUUACAUUAUAGAUUACUAUGGAGCAAGGCUUACCAAGCUGAGUAUUACCAAUGAGACAUUCAGAAAAACACAGACGUAUCCUUAAGUCUGGCAGGAAAUGUCGUCUACACACAGAGACCACUUUCAAACCCCUUGCAUUUACUGAGAGGAAGACAUACGGAAAACAUGUAAUGGGAAGCCACUAUCUGCUAAGGACCUGACUGAUACCAACGUCUGUGUGACUGAUUGUCCCUGCAUAGUCUGAAGAGAGCAGGACUACGCCACUGUAUGCGUUGCAUUGGCAAUAGUGGAAGCCGGGGAAAGAAGGAAUCUUUAUUUUUCAGGGCUGUCAUUUCAUAAUCUCAUGCACUAUAGCCCUAUCAAGAGGAUGAUGUGCACCACUUUUCAGUUAUUUUGUUAAAUAAGCAUGAGCAAUGAACAUGAUGCUAACAGACACAAUUCCUGGUAUCUCAUACAGUAUCUUGAAUUUAAAAGUGUGUGGUAAUGUAAGUGUGUAUCUGGGAGGUAUGGGGGCUAGGAUGAAAAGUGACUGACUUGACAUUCGCUGUCUUUCUCCCAGCUCCUUUGCAAAAGUAGGAACAGAAUCAGAAUAAAAAAUGUUUGUUUUACAACUGUACCAAGUUACAGCACACUCUCUCUCCUCCUUCCCACUUGCAUCAAGUACAUCCUGUACUUUUGGCAACAUGUUGACUGGAUAUUUAAAAGCUGUGAACUGUUCUGAAAGUUUCACAUACAGGGUUAUGAGCCAUGUGUGUUUGAUCAAAAUUCAAUUACUGCACUGUACCAUGCUUGGAAACCUAUCAUCCCAGGUUAUGAAGUAUGACGAAAUAGGCUAAUCUAAUUGGUUCAGUAUGGGAGCAGUAUCAACCAAGCUUGUUAUGAUAAAUAGCUUCCUGUGUUAAAGGUUCUCUAGAGCUUAAGUAUCUUGGCUCACCUCCUCCCACAAAAUAAGAAUAUUGUUCCCUGAGAACAGUUACAUCACUGUCCCUCUUCUACAAUCAGAAUUAAGGGGUUGUAGAAUUUUUCAUUUUGCUACUCCUUGAAAAGAUAAACAAUGGAUGGAUAUCUGCCCCAUUUUUCACCUCCUCACUUCUAUCUCUUCUCCCCUCUGUGCCCCCUCUCCUCCCAGCCAAGGGUAGAUCAUCUUGUACUCACCCUGGUUGUUGGAUCUGUUUUACUACUGUUUGAGACAAUCCCAAAGAGGGCGUUAAACUUGCUGUAGGCUGGAGUUUGGGAGUUGUAUGGUUUUGUAUUUGAGGGAGUAGAGUUAAAUGGUGAAGCAUAUUAGUAUUUCCAAGCAUCUAAUAAAACUGCCUUGUCACAAUGAAUUGUAUAUCUAUGGAAAUGUUGCUAUCCACUUGGAAUUUUUAUUUUAGUAGUAGUUUAAGUCCAUUGUGAAAGUGUUGAAAUAAGAGUAGAGAUGGGCUAGUGUUCUAAGCCGGGAUUUGUGAUUGCUAAAUGUGUCCCUGAGACAAUGAGCUCAGUCCCAUGAGAAGGCACUAGCUCCAUGGUUUUAGCAGGCCUGUCUUUGGCAAUAACUGAUUGUCUGUGAUCCUGAUGUCAGAGUAAUAGACUAUGGGAAGGGAUAGAACAUGGUAAAAUGGAUCUUUAUGCUCCCUAGCCACAUGUGUGUUAUCAUGCGUCGGGUGACGAUUUGAGUGAGGUUACAACUACUUAUACUCUCAAAUCCUCUUAGGACAAAAUGAUUGUGUGGUUGCUAUUGUAGCUUAGGCAGAAUAUGGUCCGGAUCUUUUUAAACACUUUUAAUAUUAGUGGGACUACUCCCACGAGUAAAGUUAUUCACAGGCAUAAGUGUUGGUAGGAUCAGACCCUAUGUGAGUGAGUCUUGGUGUUUUCCCCAGGAGUGCUUAAAACCUGAUUAAGUCUGUGUGGUGAUUAAUGUCCACUUACCACCUCUCUCAUACCUCAUUACAAUUUGCUUUUAAGCCUUGAUCUCAUUUUAGUUCACCAUUUAAAUAUCGUGCUUAACCUUCUGCUUACAAAUGUACAUAAUGCUAAAGUCUGCAUUUCCAGUGUGUAUGAGAUCUACUGUAAAUAAUGGCAUUUAAUUAUAAAAAGCAACAACUUUAGUCACCACAAGAUCGGCUGAUGACUAAGUCCAGCAAUACAAAAUUGGGGAGUGCAGAAUUCACCGCAACAGACAAAUAUUCAUGUACACAUAAGAUAAUAAAUAUGCCUUUCCUAUGCUCCUUAGCACUUUGAAACCCAGAUUUGAUCCAUUCUUUAUUUUACAGUGUUUGUUUUCAUUAUUUUUCUUUAAAAAUGCAAUUAGUCUAAAAAUUGAGAUUCAGUACAAUUGUCCCCAAAUAUCUCAGAUGAGAGUAAUCCAUUUUAUCUUCAUAAAGUUCCCACAAGAAGUGCUCACAGAGACAGUAGCUUUAACUUCAAAAAGUGACUGUAGGCACUUAUGCUAAUCUCUUUUUUGGCAAAUCAGCUUUUUUGUAUUGGAUCUCGCUUGAUUGAAUAGCACUGGAGCUGCCAGAGUAAAUGCUAUUAUCAGUGUACAGUAAUUAAGGAAAUAGUCCUUGUCACUCUAACAGUGUCCAGGCUGUGUCUACUGUAACAAAGUUAAUGGUAAAGAAAUCUCUUUAAAGAGUAAGCUACUGGAGUGUGGUUACUUUUGACAUGCGGUGAAACUAUGCAGUGUUGAAUUAUAAGUUAUGAGAAAAUGUAUAAAAUAGGCCAAUUGAAACCUAAAUGCAUGCUGCUGAACUCUAAUACAUAAUUACACAACAAAUUAAACAGUUAACCUACUGACUCAGAGCCAGUUGAUUGACUCUGAAUCCCCAUCCCAAAAAAAAGAGAGACUCUUCUGUCGUUCAAAAACCUCAAAACCUUUGCAGCACAGGGAAAAGCCUAUGUAAAUGGUGAACCAUGCAGCAUAGCAACAGAAUCAAUACAUCUGGGCCCAUUCUAACCAACUUGGGGUGUGAAUUUAAGUAUAGAGGACUCCCAUUAACAGCUUUCCCCCAAAUUCCCUCCCACUUAAAACUGCAGGCUAUUAGUCUGUACUUCAGCUGAUCACACUUGUGAUCGGACAUGGAGAGGGGCAGAGUCCCUAAGUAGUGAAGACAAACCAUUUAGGACCUCCUAGAUUAAAACCAGCAGCUUCAGUUGCACCUGUAAAUAAAACUAUGGCACAAUAGUGUUAUUCUCAUUGUGAGAAAUGCCACUUAGUAAAUGGGUAAACUCCAUUCUGCACUACCUGAAGUUUCCAAGUGAUCAGUAAAGCUCAUUGCAGUAAGAUACUGAGGAGGUGACAAAGGCAUUAAUAACUAUGACAAGGUCUGCAUUUGAGAAAGAUUAUGAUCUCUUGCCAGGUUGAAAUACGUGCAGAAAAUACGAGGUUUAAGCAGGUUAUAACUAGGCAAAGUGUUAAUAUUAAUCAAGAAGUGUGGUGGGAAACAUUGUCCAGGGUAUAAAUACCUGCAUUGCAAACCCCCCCCCCCCCGAGUCCGUAGAGUAGAGUAGUUAUACAAAUUGAGAUAAUGGGAAAGGAGAACAAGCCAUAACUAUGCACCAGAGUCCAAAGGGUGGCUGCUAAUGCAGUACACCAGUACCUGUAAGAAUCAGUAGAGUAGCCAAAGCUCAUGUAUGUCUUCUUUUUCUCGACCUCUUUUCUGUGUAAUAGGUGUGUGGUAAUACAUUUUUCACAUGUUAUUAAAAAACGUGACAGCUUUA